CAGACUCAUCAGACAUCUGGACGCAACAACAAAGAUGAAACCAAUGUCCGUAGCAUACUUUCUUGUCCUGGUGCUGGCAGGAGUGAGUGCCAGCGUUGAUCGAGAAGCCAAGAGGAGUUUCUCGGAUCUUGGCUGCAUGGGCGUCUACGACAAGGCCAAAUUUGCCAGACUGGACAGAGUGUGCGAGGAAUGCUAUCAGCUCUUCAGAGAAUCAGACGUCCAUACCUCAUGCAGAUCUAACUGCUUCAAAAAUGAGUACUUUACUGGAUGCGUUGAUGCUCUUCUGCUUCGAAAAGAUCAACAGAGGUUGGAUUACAUGGUAGAACAACUUUACGGACGACGAAAAUAAAGGAUUACUCGACAAAUGAACCGAAUGAAUGUACUACUUCCUUGUAACUUUUAAUGUUCCAAUAAAACAAUCUAUGUAAUGCA